ACAUUUUAAAUAAACUUUCAGGUGGUGGACCAUGCCCAGGAACAUUAUCUGCUGUGACAGAAGCCAUAAUGGAUGUUAUUGGAAGAGCUUCGGAAAAUAUAGUAGGAGUUCCUGGCUCUUCUAAAAAUGACACUUCAUUGAUCAUGCUUGAAAGACUGGCACGGGAGACAGCACAGACUAAAACAACAGAAGAAAAUGAAAUAAUUACAGAAUUUGUGUUUCCUGACAACUUUACUGACAGUAAUGAAUUGUUAGAGGUUCCACUACAUACAACAACCAAACGAAGCAUGACAUCAAUUUCCUGCAUUAAGUGCCAGUGUCCAGAAUGUAAACACACAAGACAGCUGAAAAAGAAGAAGCUAGAACUUCAAAUUAAAUACUUCUCCAAAAUAGAACAAUAAAAACUAUGGAUUUUUAUACAUUCACAUGUGCAUGUAUUAAUUGUUAGUUCCCUUUCUGUUAAACUGGACGGGACUUUAGGUUAUUCUCUCCGUCCGUCUGUCAGUUGGUCUGUGUAAACAUUUUUUUUUAAAUUUAGUUACUGACAAGCACCUGGGCAUUUGUGUUUAAACUGACCACAAUUUUUCUCUGUUACACUCACAUUAUGUAUGACAAUGUUCAUAAGUCUAGCAUUUUUUCAAGAGUUAUCUCCCCUUUACUUUAAAAACUUUGCUUUUGAAAAUGUUAUAUUCUGGUGAGAACCAGGGAUGUCUAAAGAUUUACCAUCAGAGUGUCUGACAAUCUGUCUGUCUGUACUUUUCUAGACAUUUUUUCCUGAGAUCACUUUUAAAUAAUUUGGAACUUUUCCAACAAAUUUAUUUAAGAUAGAGAAAAGUUGAAACAUUUGUGAAACAUUAUUAUUCAUCCUGAAAAAAUGUUAUCUUUUGAUUAUCUGUUGUAUAAACAUAAUUUCCUUACUGGGCAGCAAUAAUUAACACAUUUCUAUGAUACAAACUAAGAACUUAAAAAAAUUUUGAAAGUAAAAUUAUUUAAUUUUCA